AUGCCAUUACAACCAGAACCGCCAGACAAAUCAACAAAUAGAUUUUCUAUACUAAGCCAAUUUGACGACUAUACUUCCGACUACUCUUUCCCGCCGCUUACAUACAAACAAACAUCACUCAAUCAACCCAAAUACAUAACUAUUAAAUCACCUAAUAAUGAACUACAAAAACUCAGUCCUUUUGUAAUAAAAAAAGCUUUAGACGCAAUAUCAACCCAAAUUGAAAACAUUAAACAACUUAAAGACGGUUCACUGCUUAUUCUAGCACGCAACUCAAAAGUAGCUGAGAAAUUUCUAAAGUUAAAAACGAUUGCUAAUCUCUGUCCAGUGACAACAAAAUAUCAAGACAAUCUAAACACAAUAAAGGGAGUAAUCUAUGCGUCUUGCCUAAACGAAGUAAACGAGGAAGAGAUUUUGCAGGAACUAAAAAUCCAAGGUGUAACUAGUAUAUAUAAAUUUACCCGCAUGACUGAGGGCAAAGUUGUUCCUACUGGCAAAAUUGUCUUAUCUUUUGACCUCUACCACCUGCCCAAAGUCAUUGACAUAGCUUGGUAUAAAGUUAAGGUCGCCCCUUACUAUCCAACACCUAUGCGCUGCAAAAACUGCCAACUACUAGGCCACACAAAAACACGCUGCACCAAUACUGCUACAUGCGAAGGCUGUCUCCACCCGACUGUACACGUAAACAAUGUGCAAACUGUGGCAGCGGUCAUGCAUCGUCAGACAAAGACUGCCCAAGAUUUAAACAGACUCAAGAAUUUCUAA